UGCGCAGCGGCGCAGGGCCUGGCGGGACUCGAGCGGCCGGAGACCCCGAGGGGACGCGCCGCCGGGGGAGCGCAGUGUGGGCCUGAGCGUCGUCGCGCUCGCGGGUGGCGGCCGAGCCUCCGAAGGUUCUGGAAGGUUCCAGUCCCUGCAGGAAACGAUGCUCUUCUGGACCUUGCUCCUCGCCGUCGGGUUGCCCUUGGUCAGCAAUCAAAACGAAUCCGUGUCCGCUUGGACCUAUAGUUUGAAAUGCCACGAUUGCUGGGAUAUCAACAAUUUCAACUGUCCUCAAAUUAGGACGUGUCCCUAUCACAUCCGGCGCUGUUUGACCAUCUCUAUCCGGUUGUGCCAACUGCCGUACCUCGCGGGCAUCUGCCCACUGGGGACUCAGUGGUGGACGCCAGGGGACUCCAGCCUUCCUCGCUUCGUCCUGCUCCGUAUCCAGCCCACCAUCCCCGUUGCUGGGCCUCUAGACCAGGAGCGGUUCCUAAGAGCGCGGUAGUUGCUUGGCUGCUGGCCUGCAUAGGCGACAGGUGUGUGGACGAGCACUUCAGAGAGUCUCCAGAGGAGUUCCUCUGGGUGGGCCGGAACGGGAGGGCAGAGAAGCGUGGCGUCCGUAUUUUCCUGCCCCGUGGGCUCUUUCCCUCGCCCCCCAGCCUGAGCUUUGGGUAGACCUGGUUCCGGACUGGCCUUCUGAUCACCAGCCUGCCGUUGAGACUCGUCCGUCUCUCAGCUCCUCCCGCACUCAUGGAAGCUAAAACACCUGCGUUUAAUAACUCAUCCCCGAGGGCUUCGGGGGCUCGCUCGUCCUACGUGACCCUGGUGGACGCCAACGCAGAGAAUUUACGAGAGCCUUCAGAGGGCUGCAACGCUCGGAUAUUUUCUCCUUCAUGUGACUUUCUGACUUCGGGGUUGUGCAAGUAAACCAAAGACCUCUACAGAACACUUCCGAACCUCAGACACUGAGAUGGCCCCACACUCAGACUCAUCGGUGUAUCCGUGGCUGGAAUGACCAGUCUACAGAACCCAACCGAGAGACCCCAGAACGAGUUCCACACAGAUUUACCCACAUGAUAUCGCGCAACGACGCAGACACGGAUGCUGGGGAAAUAGAGCCUUUCAGCUCGAUCUGGCAAAAGUGAACCUUGCCCUAAAUCUCAAAUCAUACAACAAAUACCUCAAAGGGCUGCAUGAGCU